UCGACCGUUACACGCGGCGGCGGGUGCAAUCAACUAGUUUUGCGCGAGUUGUGUCUGUCUUUUGUCGUUCGAUGGUUUGUUGUCGUUGGGGAAUGCUCCAUCAUCAGCUCAGCCACCAUCAAGCAGGGUAGUUUCCACAGCUUCUUCGUCACGAUCGCGAUCGCGUCAUCUUCACGGUCUUCAGUUGGGUUGACUUUUAGGUCAUCUUUGUCUCUCCUUGUUCGGUGCAGAACGCGAGGGUCAAGUGUGAGCGAAUAAUUGUUGGUGCAGCAUACUCUGGGAGUGAUACGCCCCCAAGUUGUUCUGUGUUUUUUAUGUGUUUAUCGGGUUCAGCAUUCCUUUGGGAUCGAUCGAUGAAGUGUGUUCAAUUUACUUCGGCAAAGCAAUAAUUGGAAUACGACGCAAGGUCGACUGGUUGUGUAAACGUCCUAUCGAAUAGAAUCGUUUCGGCACUGUGAGGUGUCCGUAUGUGAAAGUCAGCAGCUGAAAAGUGCCGAGAGUGCAAGAAUUUUGUUGUCGGUUAUUGCUCGCGUAAUCGCCAUUGGAAACGUAUUGUGGUGGAUGUGGAUAUCGAUUGUGCCAACUGCAUAUACAGGCAAAUAGCAAAGCAUUCAGCUUACUCACAUCGACUUACCAUUUGCAUCAAUCAGCAGAACACGUAACGGUGGCAUCUUCAAAACAAACACCACAACAAGGCGAGGCUCAACUUAACCCGAUCAGCCUUCGAGGUGUUCCCAAAUCAUCGUUAAUAACAACAUUAAAAAAUAACAAACCAAGCCUACGAGAAACUUCAUUUUUGGUGUUUGCAUAAAAACCCGUGGAGCGCCACCUUGAUUGACAGAAUCGGAACAGCGGCAAACGUGUGUGAUGAUGAUGGUUCACGGGAAGGAAAACAAAACGGAAGGAAAUCGCUAAUCGCUUUCACCAACUAACGAUUUCUUGCCUUAGCUACAUACAAAUAUCGUACACAGCUUGGCUCUGCCAUACGUACGUACGCUAUCAGUUCCACGUCGUUUGCUUUAGAGUAGAACCUGUUUGUGUUCCUACUUACUAGGCUUGGUUGUUUGAAAACUACAGUAAACGGUACAUCGGCGCAUCAUAGUUCCAGAACCAGAAAUCGUGACACGGGAUCAACUCACGUACCGCGCCUAAACAACGCCUCGAGAGAAACGAGAAAAGGUCAACGACGACGAGACAUCCCGUCCAGUUUUGGUGCCAUAGACUAAGGAAAGAUAAAAACAACUAGUAAACCCGGCAAAAUUCCAACCAAGACCUAGCCCCUAGACAACUCCAACGCGCGAGAGAGGCCUCAGCGAAGCAACAAAACGAAAUCUCAUGAAUGUGAUAAUUUAUCAACGUAAGAAUUUACUAGCCUAGCGUAAGCACCCGACGAAGGUUCUUGGAUCGUCCGUUGUUUUGUCCGGCAAUUGAGCUUUUAAAUUGUGUUAAUAUUUAUCGACACCAUAGUGCUUUCAAAGAGUCUAGAACAACAUGGGGAACUCGGCGUCCUCUCAUGAACCCCUGGAACGGGGCUUCACUCGGGGGACAUAUGGUGAUGUUAAAAAUACGAAAUCGGCCUCGUUCCGGCACAGCAAACGGUCCCCCAAGAAGAUGGACCGACUCAGGAAAUCGUUUCGGGAUUCGUUUCGACGGCGCAAGGAUCGGGUUCCGGAAGCGGCCAAACCGCACCAGUGGCAGGCGGAUGAGCAGGCAGUUCGCUCCGCUACCUGCACCUUUCCGGUCAAGUAUCUGGGCUGCGUCGAGGUGUUCGAGUCCCGCGGCAUGCAAGUUUGCGAAGAGGCAUUGAAAGUAUUGAGGAACUCCCGACGUCGUGCGAUUCGAGCGCAGCUGCACGUGAGCGGCGAUGGGCUGCGGGUGGUCGAGGAGGACACCAAGGGUCUCAUCGUGGAUCAGACAAUCGAGAAGGUGAGCUUCUGUGCCCCGGACCGGAAUACGGACAAAGGUUUCAGCUACAUCUGCCGGGAUGGCACAACCCGCCGAUGGAUGUGCCACGGAUUCUUGGCCUCGAAAGACACCGGCGAACGGUUGUCCCACGCCGUCGGGUGUGCUUUUGCCGUUUGUCUGGAGCGGAAACAGCGCCGGGAUAAGGAGUGCGGAGUUACGAUGACGUUCGACUUGAAGACAUCGGCUUUCACGAGGACCGGAUCUUUCCGGCAGCAAACGAUGACCGAACGACUGGCUAAUGGAACGGACACGGCGAUUGUUGCUCCAACUCAGAACAAUAACGUAGCGAAGCCGGCGAAUCCGUUUGCCAUUGAACGACCACACGCAAAACCUUCAAUGCUCGAGAGACAGGGUAGUUUUCGGGGAUUCAAUCAGAUUGGAACAGCCUCCCCAUUCAAGCGGCAGAUGUCGCUAAGAAUAAAUGAUCUUCCGUCCAACGCCGAGCGGCAAAGAGCUUUCCUGGAUCCAACAUCACCACAUCGAACGACGGUGUCGCCCAUUCCGGAGGUUUCGCCUCAACCCACGGAUACCGUCAGUCAGCUUUGUCAGGAGUUGAGUCAGGGAUUAUCAUUGCUAACGAAGAACGAUGCCGAUGACUUUUACUUGAGUAAAGAAUUGAACAAUCUAACAGCCACUUCCAUCGCAAACAACAGUAGCACAGUCGCGCCUCCAGUCGGAAACUUUAUCAGCAUGUCUUCGACUACUAGUCCCACGGAUGUUGUCACGUCGUCGUCGUCCUCGAGCAACGUCUUCGCUCAGAACACCAUCAUCAGCAAUCUGCAGCAACAGCCGGCCAUUCCGCCCCGAUCGAUAUCGCCAAUGAAGCAACACCAAACGAUAGAUUUGUCCCACGGCAGUGCCGCCUCGUCCUCGACUUCAUCCACCUCGGUCGUAGUUGCGGUCGAAUCAGUUUCUCCUCUGCCCAACCCGGAACAGUGGCUCGGCCAGAUCGUGAAGAAUGUUUCGCCCUCGCCAAGGAGAGCGCCCACGUUGCAUGCCCGGGCAAAAUCCUUGAAUGCCGGCGAUCCCUUCGAUGCCGAAUGGGUGUCCGAUGUGGCCAAGCCGGAAAUCCACAGCACCAAUCCGUUCAUCUCACCUCCGAAACCUCCAGCGCAAAGCUUCCAGGUGCAUCUGUAGGCGUGUGCUAGCCUGAAUGGGUAUUGUUGGCUGUUGGCUGCUAGAAAAAGUUUUAGAAAAAAGGCUACGAUUAAACGGUGCUUGAAUGUUUAGGACAAACAAAAAUGCUAGUAGAGGGCUGUUGAAGAGAGUGUGGGUGGCUUUAAAAAUGUUGCUAGGACUCGAACAAAUUAUUUAAAUUCAUAGGUUAAAAAUGCACGCGGUCACUGACCUAAUCCGGAUUGUGUAUAUAAAAAAACAGAAAGAAACUAGAACAUUCUGAUAGCAUUUAUUUUAUAAUAUACUUUUAGAAAAAGAGUCUUUCGAAGAAAGAAGCAAAUGUUGCUGCCCUUCUGGAAUGACUCAGUUUACAGUUUACAGUUUACAGUGAAAGGUUUCGUUUGAUGUUGAUUUUAAUUUUGGAUAAAUUCCCAAAUUCAUAAGUUUAGAAAAUUCACAAUGUUUGAUGAAAAGUAAGUCGAAAAUUUUAUUAUUCAAUUUUGUUAUUUUCAUUUUUGAGCACUAAAAAUUCAAUAUUCAAGAACUCCAAUUCAGAUUUUAAAACUCUGAUUCUCAAUUCAGAUUCAAAGCUCAAACUCGGAACACAUAUUCGGGAUCAGAUUCAAAAUUCAGGCUCAGAAAAAGGACACAGAGUUCAGACUUAGAAUUCUGACUCAGAAUUUAGGCUCAGAAUCAAGAAUUUAGGUUCAGAAUUUCGAUUCAGAAUUCAGUUUCAGAAUUUCGAUUAAGAAUUCAGAUUCAGAAUUCAGAUUAAGAAUCAAGAUUCAGAAUUCAGAUUUAGGAUUCAGAUUCAGAAUUCAGAUUCGGAUUCUGAAUUCAGAUUCAGAAUUUAGAAUUCAGAUUCAGAAUUCAGAAUCCUGAAUUCAGAUUCAGAAUUCAGAAUUCAGACUCAUAAUUCAGAUUCAGAAUUGAGAUUCAGAAUUCAGAUUCAGAAUUCAGAAUCCAGACUCAAAAUUCUGAUUCAGAAUUGAGAUUCAGGAUUCAGAAUUCAGAUUCAGAAUUCAGAUUUAGAAUUCAGAUUCAGAAUUCAGAUUCAGAAUUCAGAUUCAAAAUUCAGAUUCAGAAUUCAGAUUCAGAGUUCAGAUUCAGAAUUCAGAUUCAGAUUCAGAGUUAAGAUUCAGAAUUCAGAUUCAGAAUUUAGAUUCAGAAUUCAGAUUCAGAAUUCAGAUUCAGAAUUCAGAUUCAGAAUUCAGAUUCAGAAUUCAGAUUCAGAAUUCAGAUUUAGAAUUCAGAUUCAGAAUUCAGAAUUCAGAAUUCAGAAUUCAGAUUCAGAAUUCAGAUUCAGAAUUCAGAUUCAGAAUUCAGUUUCAGAAUUCAGAAUCAGAAUUCAGAUUCAGAAUUCAGAUUCAGAAUUCAGAUUCAGAAUUCAGAUUCAGAAUUCAGAUUCAGAAUUCAGAUUCAGAAUUCAGAUUCAGAAUUCAGAUUCAGAAUUCAGAUUCAGAAUUCAGAUUCAGAAUUCAGAUUCAGAAUUCAGAAUUCAGAUUCAGAAUUCAGAUUCAGAAUUCAGAUUCAGAAUUCAGAUUCAGAAUUCAGAUUCAGAAUUCAUAUUCAGAAUUCAGAUUCAUAAUUUAUUCAGAUUCUUAAUUCAGAUUCAGAAUUCAGAUUCAGAUUCUGAAUUUAAAUUUAAAACUCAGAUUCAGAAGUUAGAAUUCAGAUUCAGAAUUCAGACUGAGUUCUUUUUCACAAGAGUACAUAUUCUCAGAAUUCAAUUACAACUUUCAGAUUCUCAGAAUUCAUAGUUUUAGAAUCUUAGUAUUCAUAUUUUCAGAAUUAAAAUUCUCAAAAUUCAUAUUUUUAGAAUUUUUUUUAUCUCGUUUCUCAAAAUUGAGAAUUGCGAUUCUGAGAGUUUCAUAGUUAGGAUUCUUCGAAAUCAGGAUUGGAAUCCUUAGAAUUUAGUUUCAUAGUUCAGUUUUUCAGAGCUUAGAUACUCAGAAUUAAAAUGAUAAGAAUUAAGAGUCUCGAAAUUCAGAUUUUAUGGAGUCAAAUUCUCAGAUUUCAUGUUUUCUGAAUUCAGCUUCUUAGUUCAUGUUUCUUAGAUUUCUUUUCGAGUUAAAAUCUCAGAAUGUAGAUUCUAAGGAUCAAGAAUUAAGAAUCGAAAUUCCAAUUUUGAAUAUUUUUUUAAAUAUCACUAAUCACUUUGGUUGAACUUUUAUUCAUUCAAAUGGAUUAUAAAAUGAAAUCAGUCUUCAAUUGAUUUUCAUUUGGUAUUAUUAUUUAUUUGUUCAGUCCAAUUUUAGAUUUUCAGCAGGCAGCAACAAACGCAAACUUUUCAUUGAUAGUUAAUAAUAAAAAAUCACCCGUAUGCUCACGCAACACUACCUUAAUGUGAAGAAUUUAACAAGAAAAAAACAAGCUUCAAAAGCUUUACCUGUAUCUCUGUAUACUAUCUGAAUAUGAACUUAAGAAAAAGAAUGAAUACAAAAAUACUUCUACUCCACACGAGCACCUAAACUUGAAAAAGUUAAACCAUAAAAAACUUAGACUCACACUUAAGAAAAAAAAAGAACACAACCUAACUACCACAAACAAAAGUUUUGGAACAAACACACAAAAUAGUAGAUUAUAUGAUACAAUAACAAAAAAAUGAGAAGAAUAUUCCAACCAUAAGAAAAAUAGAGCGAGGAAAAAGCGACAAGCCAACCAAUUCGAGGUUACUCGAACGCUACAAAUUCCGAAUGGAAGCAAAGAUGAAGGAGCUAGACCAUUCCUGAGCAGCUUAAAACUGGCACCGGCCAUCUAAUGGUCACUCUCAAUUCAAGAAGAUUAAUCGAGCCGAUUGCAAAUUCAUUUAAGCUAUCUAGUAACAACAGUGCGCGAUCAGUAGAGCCACUUUAGAAAUUGGGAAAAUUUGGGGAGAGAAGUUUAACAUAAAUUGAAAAUAAGAAACAAGAGAAUAUUAUCAGUUAUAUACACAUAGAUAAACACACACAUACAGUACUUAACAAAUGCCACUAGCAAAAGGUAGAAGUUAUACAAAAAGAACAUAUACGGCGAAAAUAACUUUUUUUCCUAGACCUAAGAAAGCAAACAAAAAUGAAGGGAAACAUUUUUUCAGCGUAUCGCGGAAGACUGGCGCAAAUAUUGAUUACAGAAUGGAGAGAUAGCAUAUUGUGAUUCGUUGCAUGAGUUUACUUGUGCAAGCGUUCUGAAAGUUCGUACAACAAUCUCUGGACGCCCUUUUACUGUUACAUUCAUUUACAAUCGUCAGUCCUAGGAAAAGUUGUGUGCAAAUGUGCAAAAGAUGCCGACAGAAGAUGAAGAAAGUAUUCGACGAAAAGAUUGUACUUAACAGAAAAAAACUUUAAGUUGACUUCUGGUUUGUUCGUAUUACGUCGUGUAAAUAAGUGAAAAUGUCUUCACCCAAGAAUGGUAACUCCCAACUUGGACCGUUACAUUCAGUAGCUACGUAAGCGUCUAAAUCUGUGGAAUAUUUGUAUAUAAGCGUAACGGAAAACAAACAAUGAAGAAACCAACUCACAACAACUACAACAGGAAACUCUACAUUCUGAACGGAGGAGGUCGAUCGAAUUCCACCUCAGUGGAUGAAAAAACAAAACAUAAUAAAACAAAAUAGAAGUUAUCGAAUAAGUAUGAUUUAGUAAUAUAUUAUAUUUUUUGUUGAAAAAAAAAAUCAAAUGUCCUUACCCCUUUAUUUCAAAACAGAGAACUAUAUCGUAGGCGAGUAAGUCGUAAAACGCGAUCUGUUAUGGGUGAUUUUAUCGAUUUUCCCCGGGCGUGACGUAUCUGUACAUAUUUGAGGGUCACAUACACGUGUCGGUCGAGGAUCGUCGUUCGGUUAGCGCAAAACCAAUUCCACACAAAAGCGAGCGUUGUACAGAGAUGAAUCUUGAUCUUGUGUAAUAUACAUGCAUACAUACAUAAUUCCCAAAACAAAACAGUAAUUCCUAAGUGUAUUAUUACUAGCUAUUAUUAUUUAGCCAUACAAAAUAAAUGCUUAUUAAAAUCAA